UUUAUAACUGACGCAUUGCAAACACCAACUUUGGUUGGACACUUUGGUGGUUCACAAGGAGCCUAUACAUUGCCUAAUGGUGAUAUUCUGGGCCCAGAUGCUUCAGUUGUCCUUAGUACCAGGUUUUGA